GACUGUUCUCUCUCUUGAAGCUCACAAAAGCAGGUAGAGCACGUUUCGUCAUCUCUUCCUUGUUGAUUGGCUCCUACCCUCGGAAUUAUUUUCAUAAUUAAUGCAAGUUGAACAAAUUCUUGACCAGAAUUAUGAGUUACAUGAAAGUGGUACUUUUCAUAUCAAUUUUCCAUCAGGGAUUUAGCUCUUCUUCAGGAUUUGAUCCCAUAGAUAAUUAUCUUAUAGACUGUGGAUCACCCACCAAUACCUCAGUCAGUGAUCGUGUUUUUAUAUCUGAUUAUACAGCUUCAAAGUUUCUUUCAACUCCUCAAGAUGUUCUUGCCAAUACCACCAAUAAAUCAACCAUUUCCUCUAGUGAUUCACCCUUAUAUCAAACAGCAAGAAUCUUCACCCAAACAUCAACCUACAAAUUUCCAAUCCUCCGUCAAGGUAGACACUGGAUUCGGCUAUACUUCUCACCAUUUUCUUAUGAAGCAUAUGACAUGACCACUGCAAGAUUUUCGGUUUUCACCGAAAACCAUGUCCUCCUCAGUGACUUCUGCACGUAUGAUACCACUUAUCUUAAAGAAUUCUCUGUGAAUGUGACAUCAAAUAGUCUUGUCAUUACGCUCUCACCUUCAGCGAAUUCAUUUGCAUUCUUGAACGCCGUAGAAGUUGUGUCGGUCCCUGAUGAGCUCAUUACCAAUGAUUCGGUAUCCAUUGUUGUCUCACUUGAUCAAUACUUCGAAGGAUUGUCCAGUCAGGCAUUUGAGACGGUUGCGAGGGUAAACAUGGGUGGUCCAAUGGUGUUUUCCGAGAAUGACACCCUUUGGCGAACAUGGGUUCCCGACCAAAGUUUUCUGGUACACAAAGACAUUGUCAUAAAUGUGUCAAACAUUGACGCUGUUAAGUAUAUUACUGGAGGAAAGGCAACCCCUAAUAUUGCUCCAGCUAUAGUUUAUGGUACUGCCACAAUACUGGAUCUCCUUUCUGAGACUUUCCAAAGAAUUUUCAAUAUAACUUGGGAGUUCAAAGUGGAUCAAGGAUUUCAUUACCUCAUCAGAUUUCACUUUUGUGAUAUAAUAAGUGAUUAUCUCAACACUCUCUACCUCAAUGUGUAUAUAAAUUCCUGGAGUGUUGCUACCAAUCUUGACACCAGUGCUUUGUCCUCUUACUCGCUUGGAUCACCAUUCUACAUGGAUUGUGUUACAAUGUCAACGGUUAGCAAUAAGCUUCGUGUAACUAUUGGGUCUUCUAUUAUAAAUGGUGAUAUCUCCAAUGGUAUUCUAAAUGGGCUGGAGAUCUUGAAGAUCAACAAUUCUAUAGGAAACUUGGGUUCUCCAGCUAUGUCUUCAAUUAAGGAAAAGAAUAUUGCAGUGUUAUCAAUAUGCGUGAGUAUUGGGGGAUUCCUUGUAGUGACAAUGUCUGUAGUUUUCUUAUUGAUUAUCUGCAAAAAACUGAAAAAAUCACAAGCACACCAGGGCCAUUCUAAGACAACCGCCACUGCAAUCGAUGCUUCGAAGUAUGAGACUCGCAUUCCCUUUCCUAUCGUUCAAGAGGCUACGAACAAUUUCGACGAGAGCUUGGUUAUUGGGACCGGUGGCUUCGGGAAGGUAUACAAGGGAGUUUUGAGUGAUGGGACAAAAGUUGCAGUUAAGAGAAAAAAUCCGGGGUCUCAACAAGGGCUACAAGAAUUCCGCACCGAAAUCAAGAUGUUAUUGCUAUUUCGUCACCGCCAUCUUGUUUCAUUAAUUGGUUAUUGCGAUGAAGGGAAUGAGAUGAUCUUAAUAUAUGAAUACAUGGAGAAUGGAGCACUAAGAAGUCAUUUGCAUGGCUCAGAACUCCAAACAUACCUAACUUGGAAGCAAAGGCUUGAAAUAUGUAUUGGUGCAGCUAGAGGAUUGCAUUACCUUCACACUGGCUUUGCCAAAGGAAUUAUCCACCGUGAUGUGAAGUCUGCAAAUAUUUUACUGGACGAGAACUUCAGAGCAAAAGUUGCGGAUUUCGGGCUCUCCAAGAUAGGGCCGGACAUGACUCAGGCAAAUCAUGUGAGCACGGCCGUGAAAGGGAGUUUUGGAUACUUUGAUCCUGAAUACUUUAGGAGGCGACGGCUGACGUUUAAGUCGGAUGUGUACUCAUUUGGGGUGGUUUUGUUUGAGGUACUAUGCGGAAGAGCAGCUCUGUGCCUUCCAACGGAGAAAAUCGGUUUAGCUGGGUGGGCAUUGAAAUGGCAGAAGACAGGGAAGAUGGAGGAAAUCAUAGAUCCUUCGCUUGUAGGAGAAAUUAGUCCAGAUUCUCUCAAGAAACUUGGAGAAACCGCCGAGAAAUGCUUGGCGGAAUUCGGUGUCAAUAGGCCCUCAAUGGGUGAAGUGCUGCAUAAUUUGGAGUGUGCUCUUCAACUUCAAGAGGCUGCAGAGAAAAACAUCACUACUAACAUGAUUGAUAAUUUACCUUUACAAGUUGACAGAAAAUUACAACAAUCUCUUUCGAGUCGUUGCGAAAGAUUAAGAGCCUGUUUGGUUCAUGGAUUAUAA